AUGAAUUCGGAUACUGAGACCGCACAUCCAAUAAGUCGCUGUGACAUACGUUCAAAGCCAAAUCAAACAGCCGAUAUUCGUUCACGCUAUUGGACCUAUUUAUUUGACAAUCUGAAACGAUCAAUUGACCAGCUAUAUCAGACGUGUGAAAACGAUGAAAGUAUUGUGCAAUGUCAAGAAGUUGUGCUCGUUUUAUUUCAAUGUUACAAAGAUUUCAAUUCAUUAAUUAAACGUUUUGAAGUAGUAAAACUACAUAACAAAGAUGAUUCGAAAAGUUCAUCUGAGCAUGUACCAUUCACAACUUCUGAUCACGUUCAAUCUAGCAUGGUAAAAGGUGAUGUUAACUGUGUCGAUGAUGAUUCCAACGACUUUUUCGGUUUAAAUCGAAAAAAUAAACGUUUACAUAAUAGCGAUAUUAAUUUGAAUAAUAACAAUUGCCAGAAAUUAGCACGUUAUUUUAGUACUACAAUAGUACCAGAUAUGUCAAGCCAAUUAUCGUUACCAUCGUUAUUUUCAACGCAUAACCAUUCAUCGGCAACUCUGACAGCCACAUCAAAUACACAUUUAUGUCCAAUGUCUGAAACAAAAUUUCGAUAUCAACAACAUCAUUCAUGGAAUGAAGAUGAAGAUAUCGAAGCAGAUGAUGAAAAAGAAGAACUCGAUCAUUCAAAUCAUUAUUCAGAUGAUGAACAAAUAAUGGAUUUUAUGGAUCAGCAAGUAUUCGAUGUUUUCGACCAAGAAGAAUGCCUAACAGCCGCAUUAGAAGCUGAACAAGAACGAACUAUUGCAUCGCUUAUGCUUGAGCAAGAACAUUUAGAAAAGCAACUCAAUGAUGUUAAUAAUGAAGAUUUUCCGCUUGUGGAUGGUGAUGAUGUAUCGGAAUUAGAAGAAAGUGAAUUAUCGACUACAAAAACAUCGAGUUAUUUCAUGUCAUUACAAGAAGAUAGAGAUGAAAAAGAUAAUAGUCCACUUGAUGGAAAUUUAUCAAGAGAUGAAAAUGAUUCUGAAGCUGAAAGUAAAAGUAGAAAUCGUUAUAUUCGCAUUCAUGAAAAACUAUCAUCGCCAUCUCGUGUUCGACCAUUAAGUGAGAGUUUAAAAGAAGCAGCAGAACGUCAAGAAAGAGCACUUCGAAGACGGAAAACAUUGCAAGAUGAAAAAGCAAGAAAACUACGUGAACUAACCCAAAGAGUUGGUGAAGUUCGCCAAUGGAAAGAAGAACUGAUAAAGGCGCGUAAAACCACAAUUGAAAUAAAAAUGCAACGUGCGGAAGAAAAACGUCAAUAUAUGUUAGUAUUGAAAGCCAAAAAAGCAGCUGAUGAAGAUUUAAAAGGACAAGAAAUCGCAUUUAUUAAACUUUUACAACAAGAAAAUCGUAAACAUACGUUAAAAGAACGAUAUCAAAAAGAAGAACAAUUUAAACAAUUUUUAGAAGAUGAACGCAUUAAAAAACAUGAAGAACAUAAACAACGUGAAUUAGCGGCAGAAAAUAGACGUAAAGAGUUAGAAGCGAUAAGACAAACACGUUUGAUGGAAAUGCAAGAAAAAUGGAAAAUUAAAGAACGAAUGAUAGAACAACAUUUAAUUGAAAAACGAAAACAAAAACAAACAGCGGCAAUUGCCAAACAAAAAAGUUUUCAACAGAAACGUGCUCUACGUGUGGCUUGUCUGAAAGCAUCAACGACUGAAUUACAAAAGAAACUAGCACAAAAACAAGAAGAGACAACACGCCGACAUGUAACACAAUUAGAAGAAAUACGUCGUAGAGCAAUGGAAAUGAGCGUUCUAAGGGGUCCUUCGGCUGAAGAUCAUGUUUCACCAACAAAUAAUGAUGGCACAGCGACGGCAGCCGGGGAAGAUGAGCGAAUGGCUGUCAUGAAAAAAUUUUGUACAUUAUGCAAUCUUUUGAUGGCAUCUGAACUUCAUUUGCAAACUCAUCUGAAAGGUAAAAGACAUAAUCAGCUUUUGAUAGAACGACACUGUCAGAAAGAUCAACAAAAUGGCAUGAAUAAUAAACAAUUAUCUGCUGAAGAGGCUGAAACAAUCAAUUCUCAAUACAUUAUGUAUGUGACAUCCGAUGCUAUUGUUCGACAAGAAAUAGCUUAUAAUAGAGAACGUAAACAUCAAAUGAAAAAACGAGCAAAAAAAUUGAGAUUACGAACAAUUCAAAGAAGUGCAGCAUAUGAAGCCGAGAAUGCGCAAAAACCUUAUUUGACAUCAACACAUAAAGCAAGGAUUCAAAGAUUUCUAAAUGAACUAGAAAAAGCUCUGAAUACAACGACGAAAAAAGAACCAAUGAGUACCACUAAUUAUUUUUCAUGUCAACGAGUGUUAACAGAAUUAACAAAAAUAUUUGAUGCACAAGGAUAUGAAAAGGAUGCACCACUUGAACAACGCGUGUUUUUCAGUUUAAAUGGUUAUUCAACAUUGAAUAAAUUAAUUGAAUUAAGAGCUGAAUGUAACCGACCACCACUUGCACCUGAAAAGUUUGCCUCUUUUUUGUAUAUAACUGGUCGAUAUUUGAACUAUCCUCUCCAUUGUUGUUUUAGUCUCGUAGCAUUGACAGCAGCUGUUUAUCGUGCAGCGACAAAUAAUAAUGUAGAAAAUGCAUUGUAUGUUUUGAAUAGUGGAAAAGUUGUUACAUUAGCCGAAAGUUUAGUUCGACAUAUAACGGGUUUAAAAACUGAUGAUGUUACAUCAAAUGAUCAACAGAAUGAAAAUGAAGUAUCAUCGCAAAUUGAUUUAGUGAUUAAUGUGACGCAAACAUUAGUUCUCCUACUUACAAUGUACAAUUCAAUAGCAAGUGAUAUUAAAAAACGUGAUGAAGAAAGUAAAGAUGAUAAAUUGAUUAUUAGUCGUAUCACAGACCUUAUUAGUUAUAUGGCAAAUAUCGGAUGUAUGGAUAAAAUUGCCGCACUCUUUCGAACAGUUCGUGGCAUAAUACAAUCGAAGUCUCGUAUUCAAGAGAUGAUUAUCCAUUUUUUAUCAUUAUUACAACAAAUGCUUUUAUUUGCAAUGCCAAAAUCGCUGACUGCUCCAUUUAAUAAUAAUACCAAAAAAUCGAUAUAUGAUCCAGCUCAAGUUAUAUCUAUAAUGAAAUGUGCAAAUUUCUGUGAAAUACUGUCAUUGCUUUAUGGUCUUCUCAUACAAAAUACGGAUAAUCAAUCAUUUGAUAAUAAUAAUCCGUGUCAUAAACCAUUACAAGAACAAACAUUGACAAUUGUUUUGAAAUCCACAACAUUGCUGAAUACCAUCGCCAUAUUGGACAUGGAUACAUUUCAGACUGUACUCGGUGAAGAAACGAUAUCGCUACAAUUACGACAUGUAGCGAAUUUUGUACUUUGGUAUUGUAAUAGUCAAACAGAUGACAUACUAUUACGUCAGAUCAUUUUACUUAUUGGAUAUUAUUGUGUGUUGAAUCAAGACAACCAGCUUAAAAUGGCAGUGGGAAAUCGUCCAACCGUAUUACAACAACUAUCUUGUUUACCGUUUCGUUAUUUUGUUGAUCAAAAACAAAUGGAAAUACUUUUUCCAACGCUAAUAGCCUGUUCUUAUGAUUGCGAUGUGACAAAAGCUAUUCUUUCAAGCGAAAUGUCACUUGAUUUAAUAUCUAAAUAUAUAGACUCUAAACAAUCAGAAACAUCGCUUCCUACGAAUAAUGAUAAUACGCAAUUUCAUUUUUAUAUGCGUUUUCCCCGCAAUGAAUGGAAAAAAGCCAUUAAAUAUUAUCGUUUUGCAAAGUCAAACACUAGCACGUUGCCCUCUACAUCCUCCUCUUCACAAUGCGAACAAACUCUACCGUCAAUUCUACCGUUGCACAAAGAACAACAUGAGAAGAAUUUACUACAAAUGAAUGAAACUGUUUCUGUUGCUGAAAGUGUUUCAUUAAUCACUACGGAACCAUUAGAACUGCAAUCAGCUAAUGGAGAAGCAACACAUUAG